AUGGCGAUGGCGACAGUGCGGCGCCGUGCGGUGUAUGCCCUGGCGGUGCUUGCGCUGCUGUGCGGCUGCUGCUCCUCCGUGUGCGGAGCGACGUCAUCGGGGAAGGUGGAUGUGUUGUGUCCGAGCAAUGAAGGGAAGAUAUGUUGGCGUGUUUCUAGCGAAGGGUCUUCUGAUUGGAAGGAGUGUUCGCAGAAGGUGAAUUAUGAAGGGCCUCUUUCGUUUGAGACGGCCGGUAGAGACAGGAGUGACGGUGAAUCCAUCUGUACACAUGCCGAAUCAUGGUGUUUAUCCAUCAACUUGGUGAAGAAAACUCUUUCACCCCAAGAGUUGAAGAGCAGUAAUGAUGCUACGUUCACGAUGAGCUGUACGACGAAUGGUGACAGUGAACCUUCUGACCUGUCGAAGUGCGAAGCCGUUACCCUCGACGGAACUCGUGGCGAUUUACUUGGUACUUCAGGCAAGUGUGAGUUAUUACACCUUCAACCCGCAGCUGGAGAAAUGUCUGGACCCCAAACUCCGGUGGCCCAACCAUCGCCAUCGCCACCACAAGCAGCAACAGCACCAUCUUCGGAGGGAACUCACCACGAUGGCAGUUUGGCAGGCAGCAGUGUAGGUACUGGAGUCCCUGCUUCUAAUGCUGCUGGGCAGUCAGGCAGUGCGGGAUCCACAGGGAGUCAGGGAACAUUAACAUCACCGACUGACGGUGCGGAUUCAUCAAAAGCCACAGGAGACAGCGGGGCGCAAGCACCCUCAGCCUCCGCACAGCCAUCCCGCACCUCCACUCCCGACACUCCCGCUGGCAGCGAUGGUGGAAGCGCCACUACAACCACGACCAGCAGCAGCCCCAGUGGUGGGAAACACACAAAAGGCAACGCGGAUGGCAGCGGCACGCUCACUGUGUGGGUGCGUGGCACGCUGCUGCUGCUGCUGACGGCUGCUGUUGCCUGUGCUGCUGGGGAGUGA